CAAACACAAACAUAUUAUGUAAAAUAAAUGUGUAUAUUUAAGAACUAAAGUAGCUAGGCAAACAUGGAGAAGAAAUCAGCAACGAUACAUAAUGAGGAUCGGCAAAAUUUUGUGGCCACCCGUAUGAGUCUGCCGCUUUUUAUGCUGUCACGUAAUCGUAUUAGAAAGGAAAAUUUGCCACGAGUGGAGAAUCAAUUUAGAUUGGCUGGCCAGCAUUACAAUGAGGACUGUCAAAAGGAAAACCGCCGAGAGGCCUUCAGCAAGGCGACGUUCGAUCACUAUCGCCAUAUUACGGGCUAUGACAAGACACCAAAAAAUCCGUAUCCGGAACGUCGAAGCCUGCACAUCGAUCGGAAUAUGACCAAAUGGCGGGGCUGGCAGCUGCCGCCCAAUCAUUAUGGAGUGCCUCCAGAGCCGUUCCUCCGCCUCAAGGGCACCAAGGGCUCCGUGUUCGCCAAGCCGCAUACAAACCACAGCCGAGUGUCCAUCAAGCCACCGCCCUACCGUUUCUACGAACUUCCGGCGGAGAUCGAGCGACUCUUCAAGCGCGAGAACCUGCAGAAGGGCAUCUUUCUAUCGAAUGCCCGCGAUCGCCGUCCCACAACCCAUGCGAUGAUCUCCGAGCUGACCGGGUGUUGGCGUGAUCCCAAGGACGCCGGUCCCUGCGAUACCCAUACGAACAUCUUUGAGCUGGCCGCAAAUGCCACACCGGUGACCAAAACAGUGCGUCCCAAUCCGCAUCUGUUCCUGCGGCACUCCUGCGUGCCCACAAAGCCCAGCCUGCUGAUCCGUCGUCACAUCAGCAUGGAGCCAGCGCCGGGUCGCUACUGCACCAGCUACAAGGACGUGUGUCCUUGUCCGGCGGGAAAGACGAGUGUGGCGGGUCUGCAGUUGCUGAUCGACGACCAGAAGCGUCUGAAGUUUCGCCGCCAGCCGUUCGAACGGAUCAGCAGGAAGCGACUCUGUGAGCCGGAUUGGCGCCACGUCGAGGGUCAGGGCCAUCGGCACUUGUUCCAAAUGGGACGCAGGGACAGGCCGAAGCCGCCGAAGAAGGCGCCAACUGCUUCUAAAAAGCAGGGAAAACCCAUAAACAUGUUUGCCGACGCCAAGUACAUUAACAUGCUGAGUCAGCCGCAAAGGCAUCCCAUCUCGAUUAGGACCUAUCCGGUACCGCCCUAUGUGCCCAAGAUCACCUACAAUUGUGCCGCGAAGCGUGUGGUUCGCAAGCAAUUGAAGAACAACAAGAAGAUCGCCUUUAAUAGCGGCCAGGAGCGCUGGAAGGAUGGCGAGCGGCCGCUGCAGCUGACCGCCCGCCAAUUGGAGGCCAUCAAGCAGAAGCUUCCGCCGGAGCGCCGGCUUAUGGACUAUCCCAUCGAUCUUCCCGAGCUGAUUCCGCGGCGACUGACCCAUGUGCCCGAUCACCAGAGGGUCACCUACAUGCCCAAGUUGCGCAAGCGUCUGUUUAAGUUCCUUCCGAUUCCCGGUGCCCGCGUUCUGGUCACCGAUAACGAUAUUCGGCCGGACAUUGUGUUCGAUCCGGAGCAUCCGACUGGAUUGUAUAGGCGCAAGAUCGAUGAGACCGCCUUCUUCAAGGACUCUGUGCUGCAAGCGAUGGAGAACAAGGACGAUUUGGAAACCAUCGCCCUGGCCGAUUCGCAAUCGCAGUCCCAGUUGCAGUCGGCCCAGCAGUCGAUCAUCAGGAAUACGGUCACACUGGUGGAUCCGGCGGAGAAGGGGAGCGUUUCCCGGAUAUCGCUUCAUGGCUAAAAUGGCCAGGCGCCUGGGCCACUUUGAAAUACUUUUCGUUUUCGUUUCUCUG